AUGAGAGAGCCGGCGCUGGCAGCCAGCGCCAUGGCUUACCACCCAUUCCACGCGCCGCGGCCGGCCGACUUCCCCAUGUCCGCUUUCCUGGCGGCGGCACAGCCCUCCUUCUUCCCGGCGCUCGCGCUGCCGCCCGGCGCGCUGGCCAAGCCCCUGCCCGACCCGAGCCUGGCGGGGGCGGCGGCGGCGGCGGCGGCGGCUGCAGCUGCGGCCGAGGCGGGGCUGCACGUCUCGGCUCUCGGCCCUCACCCGCCCGCCGCGCAUCUGCGCUCCCUCAAAAGCCUGGAGCCCGAGGACGAGGUGGAGGACGACCCGAAGGUGACGCUGGAGGCCAAGGAGCUGUGGGACCAGUUCCACAAGCUGGGCACGGAGAUGGUCAUCACCAAGUCCGGGAGGCGGAUGUUCCCCCCCUUCAAGGUACGAGUCAGUGGCCUGGACAAGAAGGCCAAGUACAUCCUGCUGAUGGACAUUGUAGCCGCUGAUGACUGCCGCUAUAAAUUCCACAACUCCCGCUGGAUGGUGGCAGGCAAGGCCGAUCCAGAGAUGCCCAAACGCAUGUACAUCCACCCGGACAGCCCAGCCACCGGGGAGCAGUGGAUGGCCAAGCCUGUGGCCUUCCACAAGCUAAAGCUGACCAACAAUAUCUCCGACAAGCAUGGUUUCACCAUCCUGAACUCCAUGCACAAGUACCAGCCCCGCUUUCACAUCGUGCGAGCCAACGACAUCCUGAAGCUGCCCUACAGCACUUUCCGAACCUAUGUGUUCCCGGAGACCGACUUCAUCGCGGUCACGGCCUACCAGAAUGACAAGAUUACACAGCUGAAGAUCGACAACAAUCCGUUUGCCAAGGGCUUCCGGGACACCGGGAAUGGCCGCCGGGAGAAAAGGAAGCAGCUGACGCUGCCCACUCUGCGCUUGUAUGAGGAGCACUGUAAGCCGGAGCGCGAUGGUGCUGAGUCUGACGCCUCGUCUUGCGACCCUCCCCCUGCUCGGGAGCCCCCACCUUCCCCGGGCGCAGUGCCCAGUCCCCUGCGCCUGCACCGGGCCCGAGCUGAAAAGACGUGCGCCGCAGACAGCGACCCUGAGCCCGAGCGGCUGGGUGAGGAGCGCGCCAGGGUGGCCCUGGGCCGCAGCCCAGCUCGGGACAGCGCCAGCCCCCCUCGUUUGACAGACCCGGAGCGCACCCGGGAGCGACGCAGUCCCGAGAGAGGCAAGGAACCGGGGGAGAGCAGCGGGGACGGCCUUUUUGGCCUGAGGAGCCUGGAGAAGGAGCGCGCCGAAGCCCGGCGGAAGGAUGACGGGCGCAAGGAGGGAGCUGAGGGCAAGGAGCCCGGCCUGGCGCCACUGGUGGUGCAGACAGACAGUUCAUCCCCCCUGGGCGCCGGACAUCUGCCGGGCCUGGCCUUCUCCAGCCACCUGCACGGCCAGCAGUUCUUUGGGCCCCUAGGAGCCGGCCAGCCGCUCUUCCUACACCCAGGACAGUUCACCAUGGGCCCCGGCGCUUUCUCUGCCAUGGGCAUGGGUCACCUGCUGGCCUCGGUGACAGCAGGAGGUGGCAGUGGAGGAGGCGCCGGGCCGGCCACCGCAGGGCUGGACGCAGGCGGGCUGGGUCCCGCAGCCAGCGCAGCAAGCACCGCGCCCUUCCCAUUCCACCUCUCCCAGCACAUGCUGGCAUCUCAGGGAAUCCCAAUGCCCACCUUCGGAGGCCUCUUCCCAUACCCCUACACCUACAUGGCAGCAGCUGCCGCAGCCGCCUCCGCUUUGCCGGCCACUAGUGCUGCGGCUGCAGCCGCGGCUGCCGCAGGCUCCCUAUCCCGGAGCCCCUUCCUGGGCAGUGCCCGGCCCCGCCUGCGCUUCAGCCCCUACCAGAUCCCGGUCACCAUCCCGCCUAGCCCCGGUCUCCUCACUACUGGGCUGGCGGCGGAGGGCUCCAAGGCUGCAGGUGGCAACAGCCGGGAACCCAGCCCCCUGCCCGAGCUGCCUCUCCGAAAAGUCGGGGGUCCAUCGAGAGGUGCCCUGUCACCCAGCGUCUCCGCCAAGGAGGCAGCCAGUGAACUGCAGAACAUCCAGAGACUGGUGAGCGGGCUGGAGAGCCAGCGAGCCCUCUCGCCAGGCAGGGAGUCGCCCAAGUGAGGGGCUGCCCCGCUGCUCGCUGCUCGCUGCUCGCUGCCAUGCAGGCCUCCAGGGCUGCCUGCCCCUACUGCUUGGAACGUGUACAGCACAGAAUGGGUAUUUAUUUAAAUAAAGGAGAACAGCGGGCUGCAGCAGCCAGAAUAGAGCCUCUUCUGGCAAGCGGGCGUCCGGGGCACUUCCCCGGGCCUCAACCAGGAAUCAGGCUACCUGGAACACAGUCGCUUUGGAGCCAGUGGACUCGGUCCAGACCUGCUCCAGCAUCCAUCAAGGUGACACCAGUGGGAUCUCCAGUCUUCUGCGCUGUGUGGGAAGCCUCACCCCAGCCCCAGGUCCUUUCAGAAGCCCGAAGGUGCUCCGGCCAGCGGUGGGAGCUUCGGAGUGAGUCCCGGGCCCCUGGCCUUGGGCCUGGACCUCCUGAGAAAUUGGGGGGAGGGGGCUGGAGCGGGAAAAGACCCAAGUCAGUGUAGACUGGAGCUGGCGGUGGGGGGGGGGCUGUCCUUUUAGUUCCCCCACCUCUCGCCCCCAGACAGGCGCCCCUCGAACUCCUGGCCAGCGGAGGAAGUGGCUCUUCUGCCUUGAGUCCCCAGGGGAAAAAAGAUAUUUAUAAAAUAAAUGGUAAUUUGUGUAAAUAAGCUUUAAGAUUCCCAGAA